CGCGAAGGAGAUAGCACGCACAUUUGUAUGUCGGCCUAACAUCACAGCCCGCCCCUCAAGAAUCCUUGGAGCGUGAUAAGGACUCUCACCCCGUCUGUGCCUCCCGCAGGAUCGCCAAGGAAGCGCCAGUCACAGCGGGAACGGAGGCUAGCCGGACUAUAGAGGAGUUGCGAGAGCUGGUGCGGCGGUUACCACGACACCAUCUGAACUGCCUGACGGUCCUUAUGCACCACCUGCACCGCGUCAGCAGUUUCCCUCACCUCAACAACAUGCCGUCCUCAAACCUCGGCAUCGUGUUCGGGCCGACGCUGCUCCGGACGUCGGAGGGAUCGGCGUCGCUGAGUUCGCUGGUGGACACGGUGCACCAGACGCGCGCCAUCGAGCUCCUCAUCACCUUCGCCCACGAGAUCUUCCCGCAGAGCGAAAUCCUGCAGUCGAGAGAUCUGCAGGUGCCCUCGGGAGCAGCCUCUGCCAGGGUGCGGCUCGACGAGGUGCUCAAGCAGCCGCUGCCGAGCCGCCAGACCUCCGUGCACACGAGCAGCAGCAGCAGCAGCAGUAGCAGCAGCGGGGUCAACGUGAGCGGGGUCUCGGGUCACAAGCGCGGCCGCGACGGAGGCGUCACUGAGCUGGUAGGCGUGGUGGAGGACUCGCCGUCGCCUGCGCCCUCGCACGCCCACAAGGACAGGAAGGACUCGGAGAACUUAGACGAGGACUGGGAGUGGGAGGGCGAGGAGUCGUCCACUGAGGCGGGCGGGAGCGAACCGGCCACGCCCAGGCCGCCCGCAGCCGCCGCCCGCGCGCCCUCCAGCCACGCCAAGAUCUACAAGACGUCGCUCAAGGACUACGUGGGGCUCGAGGGGGUGGCCAUGCACGUGUCCACGGGUCUGCACACUGCACACGAGGCGGUGGAUGUUGUCCACCAGAGGCUACGCAAGACCGUGAGCGACAUUUCGUCCUCCCUACGGCCGCCCUCCGCACAGGACCUCUCUCGGAGAGCCACCGUGGAGGACGUGCACAGACGGGGAAUGGGAGGCGGUGGAGGAGGAGGGCUCGGCGAAGAUGCGACCCGGAGACCCACCAUCACGCAGGAGACGUCAAGAAAGCACGCGAGCGCAAUUGUGACCCUUUCCUCCGAGGAGCAUCCCGGCAGAAGACAACCGGCGCUCGACGUCGAUCAGAGAAGACAACACUCGACGGAGGAAUCGACGUCGACCAGGAAACUCAUGCUAGAGGAAGUGGGCAGGAAGGCCACGCUGGAGGAGCGGCUCGGCUUCCAGGGGGAGGAGAGGCAGCGCGCCGGCCCCGUCACCUCCAGCACGUCACUCAGCAGAGCGCAGGCACUCUACAAGAGCGAGUCCAAGUCCAGUAUGAGUGAGACGGAACUCAAGGUGGAGGUGCGGACGAGUUCGGGCGUGACGAAGACGGAGUCCCGCGGGUCCGUGACGCUGGAGCAGGGCGCGGCGGGCAUGGCGAGCUCCGGCGGGCGCAAGGUGUCGCCGCUGCUCGGCCAGCGCUCCAGCCACGCCCACCGCUCGGGGCUCGCCAGCGGCACCGACUCCUCCAUCGACUCGGACUACAGCUACGAGUACAGCCAGCCGAGCGCCGCCGGGGCCGCCCCGACGUGCCCCUCCGCCGCCCACGCCUCGGUGCUGGCGGCGCGCGGGCGUAACGAGGUCAUGGCGGGCGGGGCCUCGCGGGCCGUGUCGGUGUCCCGCGACCCGUCCCUGGACAACGUGACGUCAUCGGUGACCUCGUCUGACUCGUCCUCGCAGGAGCUGGAUUCCGCCCACGCCACCGAGGACUCCCAUAGCUCGGAGGCGUACGACGAGACGGACGCCGCCCACGCACGCCCACUCGCCUACUCCUCUGGGUGUGGCGGCAGCAGCGGAGGCGAGAGCGGCUACGUGUCGCCGUACCUGAGCACGGAGCGCGGGGGGCUGGUCACGCUGGGCCCUUCCCUCCUGCUCACCCGCGCCACCAUCGCGCAGUACGACACCAAGCGCACCAUCACCACCGUCGUUGCGCCCAAGUCAUCCUUCGAUGAGAACCGCGUCAGGAUACAAGUUCCCGCUGCGGCUGUGGCGGCCGCUGCGGCGGGAGGCGGCGCCACCAGGACAGUGAGCGCCACGGGAGGAGGAGGCUUAGGGGCAGAGGCCACCGUCACGGUGUCGAGGUCGGGCCCGCAGGAGAUCCCCCGGCAGGACACGGGGGGCGACGACGACCUCAGCAGCUCCCACGGUCGUCUCCAGCCCGAAAGCCGCGCCUCCUCGCAGCACCCGACGCAGCACGCCGCCCAGGAGCACCCGCGCAAGCCCUCGCCCAACAGGGCCCCGCGAUUCGUGUAAGGCGGGUUGGAAGCGGCGUCCGUCGGCGCAGCUCGUCCAGGCGCUCGGUGUGCAGAGGCGCGCAGAGGCAGCGCUGAGAAGUGCGGGCUGGACGAGGCAGACUCCUUAUGAUUAAGUAUUGAAGCUAGAAGCUUCGUGCUCCACGCGGACAGGUGUCAGAGUGAGUAAAAGGUAGCCCUCAGGUGCCGCUUGUGUAAGCUACUCGCGACUCGCCCCACGUUGGUCGGGCGAGUGGGCUGGUUUCGCUAAGUCUUGAGCUAGCAGAGCAGGGUACGACUGUCGGACAGCAGCAAGACUAACGGACGACGGAAUGGCGCCGUGAAAGUUGUCUGAUAUACGAAAGAAAGAUUUCCGUGUGCUCGGAGAAAGAACGCGAGAGAAAGCGAUUCACUAUGCGCUUUACAGGCCGUGUUAUGUGCGGUCUUUACAGUCAGUUGCAAUAUCCACUGGAGUCGCAUGCCUUUCAACUCGUGAAUACGAAAUGAUUAUAAUGUUUUCAUCAAGUUUAUAUCUUAACAGUAUGUCUCAUUUCAAAUAAGUUCAACGCUUUUUUUUAAUCAAAUGUUUUCAUUCCAAACAUUGUAUAUUAUCAUAUUCCUUGAGAUUAUUAUGAAGUAUUAAAAAAGUGUUCUUUCAGUAAAUUUGGGAAGCCUUAGUUGCCAACGUUGCUAAUUUUAUUGAUUUCUUGCUGAGCAGACUAGAGACUGAACUAUGAUGCGCACAAGACAUCGUUCAAUUUAAAGAUAUAAAUAUUUUCAUCAUGAGUGAUUAUGGAAGACUCCAGGGAAAUGUACAAGGAAUCAGGCACAAGGCAUACCUCCUUCUUAUAUAUACUCGGUAUAUGAGAAGGGAGGAAUGUUGAGGCGCUUCUCCAAAAGUCGAUUAGGAAAAUAUAAGAGACAAACCGCAGAUGGAAAAAGUGAAGUGAAAUUCCACGUAUUAUGGUCCUUGUCGUGCUGCUGCUACAGUAAUUUACACACACACACACACACACACACACACACACACACACACACACACACACACACACACACACACACACACACACACACACACACACACACACAGAGUCACUCGCACUUUGCUCGCCCUGCCCUGCCCUCCCGACCCGCGCCGAAGGACACCGCAUCUCCGACGACCGCGACAGCAACCGCGGGCAGAACCGGCUGACGUAGUUUCGAAACGACACGGCUCUCUAGCGGCUCGGCGGCGGACCAGCCCAGCGACCGGUUGAUAGUCUGGACGGGGGUUAAGGUGUCUGACGGGGAGCAGCGACCCCCCGAGGUGACACGAACUGAAACUUUGUAGCUGUGACUGGACUUGAAAAUACAGAUUAUUUUGCAGACUUCGUUGACUGUAUAACAAACUGUAGUAUGACCAAAAUAUAUGCAAAGUAUGUGCAAAAAGCUGCGAACCAAAUCUUUGUAUAUGUACUCAAGUGUACUGAAGAGAAAUGCAGUGUAUGUAAAUUGCAGAACUUAUAUGCUGUGUAUGUACUGUUCAUAAGCUGACGAGAGAGGUGUACAUGCUAUGUAUUGUAACGUUAUAGUGUACAUAACUUUUGUGUAAUGUGUAUUCAUCGUUGUAGUCUAUAAACUUAUGAAGAGGAAAUUAUUGUACAUAAAUAAUUCAGACAGUUAAAAAGGCCUUAUAUGUUUCAGUAGCAAGGUUCAGUGGGAAAUGGUGAUUAACAGUAGAUAUCUGCAUUAUCUUCCAGAUUCAAAUAUAUAUCACUUUUGGUCCCUAAGACGCAUCAGAGUUAAUUUGUCAGUCCUUUUCUUUCUCAUCUUUUUAAAAAUUAUGUUCUAACUGGAUAGGCUUGUGUAAUUUUUUUAAUCGUAUCCCUUUAUUAGAUACACCGUUGCCAAAUGAUGGAGAGAUUAAGAUCCAUUUGCAAUAAUUACAGUGAUUAAUCCUUUAGAUGAGAAAAUGAACCUUAUUACUCUAGCACAUAAGGUAGGAAGCCACCCACGAGUCUCGGAGGUGCUAAUAAAACAUAGAUCGUAUACUAAUAUUUAUUACAUGUGAAGUACUCUGCAAAAACUGUCCUCUGGUAUAGUCGACGUAUGGACCAUUUUCCUUUAUCUCUGUGGAAAGGUGGGUCGAGAUUACGGGCUUUGUCAAAAUCGUUGGAAAUCCACUGUAAAAAAAAACACAAAAAAAGUAAAACAUUUCCGAAACCUACAGGCAUAUUAAAGUAUUUAUGUUGCUAAUUCAUAUAAGCCUAUACUGAAAUAAGUUUGUGAAGAGAAAUAUGUUGACGCGUUAUUAAAAAGAAAAGAGAAAAAAACAGAUUCCAUUUGUACCUCAAAUUAUUUUUCCACAUUUCUAGACUUUCCGUAUCUUUUGACGAAGUCUUAUUGUACAGAGGGCAUCUUUGACCUCCAGUACCACGCAUAGAUUUUUAUGUUUAGCUUUCAGCUCCUUAUUAUAUGGCCUAUGGUAACGUCAAUUUCGCCUCCGUCUUAUUUAGUGUUCAUGUAUAUUGUAUAUAUAAGAGGGAAUAAAUGUAAAGAUGCGUAAUAA